GUGUAAGCUUGAGCAGGUCCUCAGUUUUCCACAGCGUUGUGUAGUGAAUGCGUUAGUCUCCGCUUUAUGAUAACAUUCAGCAUUAUUGCCCGAAAUACGUAGAUAAGUGAUAGUCAACAACAGGGCAAAAUGGUAGAGGUGAAUGUCAGGUGGUGGGCUGUGGUGGUGGUGGUUGGCGUGAUAGCCUCUGGUGGCUUUGGACUACUACUGCAGUACUAUCAGCAACAGGAAGAACCUGUAAAAGAGCAGCAACAACAGGAGCAACAGACUCGCCGUCAGAGCCUUCCCAACAUUGUGGUGCUGGUGGCAGACGAUCUGGGUAUCGGGGACCUUGGCUGCUAUGGCAACACCACUAUUAACACUCCCAACAUCGACAGGUUGGCGCAGGAUGGAGUCCGUCUGACGCACCACCUGGCAGCUGCCUCUUUCUGUACACCCAGCCGCGCCGCGCUUCUCACCGCUCGCUAUCCUAAUCGCUUCGGCUUAGUUGGCGAAACUGGCACAGGACGAGUGAUAUAUAACCUGGCAAGUAAGAUAGGCUUACCCCUGGAGGAAGUGACACUUGCCACGGCACUCUCUGCCGCUAACUACACCACUGCCGCCAUUGGUAAGUGGCAUUUGGGUCAGAUGUGUGGAGUGUUCGGGCGAGGGUGUCUGGGACCCAAACGUCACGGCUUCCAGUAUUUCUACGGUCUGCCCAUGACGCUGUAUAGCACCAUUACCGGCCCUAACUCCUUCUGGAUUUUUCCUCUAAGCGAUCCUUUCUAUCAGGGCAUAGCUGGAGGCUGUCUGGCAAGCGUGUUGGUGAUCCUUGUAUGUUGGUGGCGGUGCAAGUGUCGACGCCUCAUCACCGUUAUUGCCCUGGUGGUGGUCGUGCUGGUGGCCGCUGUCCUCUGGUUCCUUCUGACACACUACCGCUUCCACACCAAAGCGUGGUGGAGUGUCUCGCCGUGGAUGAUACAACACCUGAACUGUAUAGUGAUGCAGGACGAGGUGGUGGUGGAGCAGCCACUGGUGCUGGAAGGUUUCUCUCAGCGACUCGUUGACCAGUCUCUUGAGUUCAUCUCUAACCACGCCAGUGACAGUCGCCCCUUCUUCCUGUACCACGCCUUCGCCCACGUCCAUACACCCAUGUUCACACUACCAAGCAUGGCUGGACGCAGCAGGCAUGGCAGGUACGGGGAUAACGUGGAGGAGAUGGAUGCUGGCGUGGGGAAGAUCCUGGAUGCCCUCACGCGCCACAACCUUGACAACAACACCAUUGUUUACUUCGUGUCUGACCAUGGCGCCCACCUGGAGGCCAUAGCCCCGGACGGCCAGCGUACAGGAGGAUAUAAUGGACGCUUUAAGGGGGGUAAGGCUAUGGGUGGAGCUGAGGGCGGGAUCCGUGUACCAGGGAUCUACCGAUGGUCAGGUCACCUGCCUGCCGGGGUCACCGUCGACCACCCCACUUCCUUGCUCGACAUGAUGCCCACGCUCCUACACCUGGCCGGCCUCCCGCCUCUUCAUCAGCUGCUCCCUAACUUGCCCUACAGGGAGGUGGACGGAGUGAGUGUGGCCAGCCUACUGAAGACCGGGACUCCACCUCCCCCUCGGGUCCUUCUCCACCACUGUCUGCACUCCCUUCAUGCCCUCAGACUUGCUCAAGACAAGAAAGUGUACAAGAUGCAUAUAGCAGGUCACAAGUGGCAUGAAGGAAGCACACAGUGUGGCUGGGGAGAAGGAACCUAUUGCAAGUGUUAUGGUGACACCGUUCAACACUAUGGCCACCAACCCCUUUUGUUUGAUCUCCAGAAGGACCCGUACGAGGACCAUCCCAUACCCACCAACACCACUGAAUACAUGGAGGUGACGGGGAUGCUUCAGGAGUACCUGGCCAACUGGAGGUCGCGGGUGCCCUACCCUCCCUCACAGUUCAGGAGCGUUGCCAACACUAUAUUGUCUCCCUGGCUCCAGCCCUUCCGAUGGCCCUACACUUGCGGACCAUAAGGACAAUCCCUUACCUCUGUGCCACAGUGAUUAUGUAACGAAGAGGGGAAGUGAAUACUGUAACGGGAGAAAACGGAAAGGAGGACAGACAGCAUAGGGGAAAGGAAGAGGGAAAGAUGGGGAAAGAGAAAAAAUGAAACUGAAUGUAUAGAAAUAAAAAAUGGGGUGACGAGUAGACUUAGUAAGAGGGACAGAGGGGGGUAGAAUUAUAUGAGGAUAAUGAGUAGAAAGAAUUAGAGCUUGAGUUAGAGUAGAUAGAGGUAGUGCUGUCACCAUUCAUUCAUAUAUUUGUAACAAGGAAUGGAAUUCAUUUCUUUUCAACAGUUAUUUUAAUUGAUGUUAACAGGUAACAGCUGCAAGCAUGAGGAUCAGAAAGUUAAUACCAAGUCUGAAACUUGGUAUUAACUUGGAUUAGUAAGUAAUCUUCAGUGCUCUUCGCUCUAACUUUCACUGUGCAUAAAUUAGAAAAUAAAUUCAAGAUCUUAGGUUAUCAGAUUUAAUGAAAAUUAAAAACUAGUUUAAGAUAUUAACAAUUAUUACCAAUAAUUACGGCAAGGGUAAAGUUCUGGAGAAAAACUUUACAAACAAUUCUAAAAAUUAUAGUUUUUAAAACUCAAUUACACGUAUAGUUAUGUUUUUACCUCUAUACGUGUUUUCAUCUUAACAUCUACACAUAUCUUUUGGAUCUAUUGUUUAUCUUAAUAAAUAAUUUACAACUCCUCCAGUUAGUAAUACCCUCUUGAACAACAACUACUUUUCUUGUAUUUAAUCUUUAGAAUAAAUGUUUGCUAAGUCAAAAUUUGCUCUCAUCCCUCAUGAAUAAGAGAACGCAUAUUUGAUGUCUUUGCUAUCGUUUUUGGACUCUUGAAUGCUACUUAGUAUUUUGUUUUCAAUAUUAUGUAACAGGCUACAUUAGUUUUUUUAUUAUUAUUUUCUACCACAGACGUGGCCACACAUUUAUAAUGCUAACCAGCAUAUAUAUAUAUUUUCUUCUGUCCUCCAUGGACAGGGUGAGAGAUUUGUCAAACAUAUAGUUCAGGAAUUUAUUGAACAAGCAACAUUAUUUCAUGAAACACUUUCGUGAGUGUUCCUUAAAGAUGACGCAUUCUCUACAUUAGUAUCAGUCAUGCAGCCAUGCAGGUGUGUGUCUCUAAUAACAGUGUUGUAAUGGCUGAAUUUAAAGUGUGUGCACACCACACGCGCAUAUGCGUGGGCCCAGUGAGCAUGUGGAUAACAGCAUCUAUAAACAAAACCAUAUAGCGUGCACUAAUCAACAUCAAUAACCGUACUAUAUGGACUGUCAUGCAAUAUUACAUUAAUAUCGUCUGAUUAGUGUAGUUGAGAGCUAUGAACAUUCAUUGGCCUACAUUUUGAGUUCAUGCAGCUAAGAAUCAUCUUGUUGAUUAUGUAUGUACUGAACCGAUCACAUUAAAUCGAUCUAGGUGUACUCAAUAACCUGGGGGGGAAGGGGGACCUCCCAAAUCAACUUUCUAUGGUUGCAAAAUAAGUCCUUUCAUUCUUGAAUUCUAUGAGCUUAAGCAGGAUAUUGGGAGACUUUUAUUGUUAGUUUAAAUAACUGAAAAUCAUGAUAUGAAGGAUGAAUAUCUCUAUUUCCACUUCUUGAACAUAAUAGCCUAAGCUCCUGAACUAAUAAGUAUACUACGGUGGAUGUAGAUCUACUUGAUGGAUCUACCGGGUGUAUAUCAGAUGUAUCUUAAUAUCUCAAUAAACGUACUUAAACUUGAAGAGUAAAUAUAUGAAAAGAGGAGAGACACUUUCCCUGAUCCUAAACAAUCCUCACCUGCUAAUUCUAACUUCAUUACUAAAUAUUCAAAGAAUAUUACAAAAUACUUGUGGUUUGUUAAUAGGAAGACUGUUCGAAAUGUACGACCACCGCGGUAGUCGUAUCCACUAGAAUAAAUCUGCUACUUGAAGUGGUCUCAGAUUAUGACGUAAGCAGGAAGCCUCUUAUACUUGUGUAAGCUUGAGCAGGUCCUCAGUUUUCCCCAGCGUUGUGUAGUGAAUGCGUUAGUCUUCGCUUUAUGAUAACAUUCAGUAUUAUUGCCCGAAAUACGUAGAUAAGUGAUAGUCAACAACAGGGGUAUGUAUAUCUUUGUAAAUUAGUUUUAAGAGGUGCAUUUUACACUACACUGAAAAA